AUGAGUGCUUGUUAUAUUCCAUCAUUAAAAGUUGUAUGUUUGGUGGUCGCAAAUGCUGGUUUGAUUAUCGCAAUCAUCAUAGCUGCAGCUCAUCUUGGGAACGAGGUCAAUUAUCGAUCAGCAAAAGAAUUUCUGCUACAGUUGCAAAGAGUGUAUGACACUGCUGUUUAUUCAUUAUUCGACAUACUGAUAUUCUUCAUUAUAACUAAUUUGAUAAGUUUUGGGAUGCGACUAAAAGUCACCAUGGAUAGUGUUAAUUAUAUCACUCAACAGGUUGAUGAUCAGCGCAAAGAAUGCGAGGAAACCGUGCGUAGAUUCGUAUGCGAUGCCUUUUUCGUUAGGAAAUACUAUGAGAAUAAGCCAACAAUUUUUGAACCUGUUGAAACAUUAUCAAUUCAGCAAGCAGUAUCAAAACAUAAAGAAGUAAGAAAAGAACGAAGCAUUGAUGAAACAGUAAAAGAAAUUAACAAACAAUUAAAAAUGCUUAAGAAAAUGAACACCGUUAUGAACCAGCCGGAGGCAAAGCAAUUUGAUUCAAAUUUUGUGAAACUAAUUGAAGAAUUAAACGGAACUGGGCAAACUAUAAUAGGAAAAGAUGUAAGCAGAAUAAAACAGGUAAAUCCUACGUACUUAAGAAGUAUUUUACGAGCAAAUCAAGCGGGAAGAAAAUAUAAAAGUGGAUAUAUUGAUUUAACGCAGUACAGUAUUAAAGAUCAAAAGAGCCGAAUGAUAACCGACAAAACACAACUAAGUGCUGUGAAAAGCCCAAGUAGCCAUCAGGCUAAAACGUCAUCUCAAAGUAGAAAAUCGAUUUCGCCCUUUUCUUCGACGAAUCGUGGAUUCAGGGCGCCAUCUUCAAAGGUAGCUGAGAAAAUUCUUGGAGAAGACAAAACACAAUCAUCAUUACAUCGCACAAGUCAGAAUCAAGUAACAGUGAAUUUAUCAACACCGAGUAAAAAAAGUGCAAAAAUGAUGAAACUUUUGAAGCCUUCCAAAACUACUCUACCAAAGUCAUCCAUAAGCCAAAAUAGCCUGAAGAGUUUUUCCGGAUACGAAUGCUGUAGUACCGAAAGUAGUACCCAGAUAUAUACCGAUAGUGUCAUUAAGACACCGAUAAAAGAAGAGUCGCGAGAAAAUAUCAAUCAGAGAAUGACAAAAAGAAUGAAGAUGAGAAGGUGA